GUAGUGGGGGGCCUUGUUGUGGAAAAGUUUGGGAACCCCUGGGUUAGACCUAUAUCAACAACAGUUUCUGGAUAUGUUUUCAUUUGUGUUUAAAAUUUCUUAGUAGACACUUUCAUCUGUUACAGCUAUUUUUAAUAUUUCUCUCAAUAACCAAACAAGACAAUCAUCCCUACAUACAGUGGCCUACAAUGCAUUUACAUGCUGCAUUAAUGUAAAGUAGCCUAGCCUAAAAAAAUAUUUCAUAGCCUCUCUCUGUGUACACACACACAGCCCAACAUAGGCACCUUCAGGAGUGGCCUGCCCUCAAAUAAAUCAUGAGUGUGGGCUCAUGCCAGAUUCCGGUAUUUACUGGACUCUCUCUAUAUAUUUCACUAGGCCUAUGUGUAACGAAUCUAUAGCCUAUGACAUGAGUAUAACUUUUUAAAUUGAAUUUCUUUUAUUUUCUAUCAACAAAUGUUGUGGAACUCUUAUUUUGAAGCAUCAGCUGAGCCCAUUGGACAGACCAUAGACUGUAUAUAUAGUUCUAUAUAUACAGUCUAUGGACAGACGUCUACUUGGCAUGGAUUUAACUUGCGUUGUCUGUUGUUUUCGUGUGUUAUUAUUGUACAUAGGCCUACGCUAGCGCAUUCACAAUACAAUUCAUGACAGAAGGACAAUGAUAUUUGUAAGUUACUUGUUUAACUAGGCUACAAUGUCUAGUCUUAUUUCUAACAAGACCAAGAUUUAAUUUACUGGAUCCUUGGAACGUGAAGCUACCAGCUGGCUCGCACCGCGCGCACGGAAUGCUUUGAGUAGACAAAAGUCCGUUGGGCUACUUUGUUACCAGAACGACGGAGGCGAAGGUGAGAAAUACAUUUUAACUUGUUGCAUUUUUGUUUGUUUUGUUUUGUGUGUGUCUGUGUUGGGGUUGGUCUGACAAAAGUGUAGCCUUAUGGAUCAGUUGCAAGUAAACAAAAAUGAGACGAUUUUUCGCGUGACAUAUCAAAAUAACCGUAUAAUAAUUAUGUUGAACUAGUAAUGGUAAAGGUUGCUAUCUAGCUAUCGAUAGCUGUGUUAGCAUAGCAUAUCGAGACUUCUUAAGUUAAUUUUAACGUUGUGUAAAGAAUAACACUUGACAAAUGUGCAAAUGAAAAUGGGCGUUUCAAAACCUUUAAAGCAGGCUAGCCUAUUUUAACUUACAUGACAGCAAACUAAUGAGGAGGGUGUGACGUGUGGUAGGCUACUGUACAUUUUUUUUUUCCCCCACAGUGAAAUGGAUAGUCAUUUAAGGCCUAGUUCUAGUAGGUAAGAUUUAUUUCUUAAUUUGCUCACUCUUGCAGUGGCUAGUGACAAGCAAACAGUACAUUUAUCAAUUACCCUAUCAAUAUUGCAUGCGCCUUUCCAUUAUAACCUCACAGUUGUUGUUGUUGUUGUUGUUAUUAUUGUUCCCCUAGCUCAACCUGCGUGUCCAGAUGAUUGGCAACCAAAUUCUUGACUGUCCUGCAUGGGAUGUGUACCUGUGUCUAAGAGGGAUCGGUGACAUCAUCAUGGCCCCCAUUGUUAAAAAAAGCUGGUUACCUUACUUGGAGGAGAUGAUCACUACUUUUCUUUCCCUCAUUGAAGAGGUAUUUCCUGGGAAACAUACUCCAAAAAUGCAUUACUUAUUGCAUUACCCCAGACUUCUGAUGGCUUAUGGCCCACUGAUCUAUGUGUCUUGCCUACGUUUUGAGGCCAAACAUCAAUAUUUCAAGAAAAUAGCACGCACAAGCUGUAAUUUUAAGAAUAUUGUCAAAACACUUGCCAAGAGACAUCAGAUGCGACAGUGCUGGGAACAAGCAGAUAACUGUUUGGGGAAAAAAUUCAUGCUAACUUCCGAUACCCGAGAUGUACCCCUGAGUGCACUUCCAAGAUCCCUCGCUAGAGUUUUGCAGUUCAGACUGGGAGAGAAUGUUACUUUUGAGCAUGUCAUUAAAACCAGGUCCAUCACUGUGGAUACAGUAGCAUACAAGAUUGGCAGCUGUGUUGUUAUCGGAAUUGCGCAUGCUGAGGACAUUCCAGUGUUUAUGAAAAUCCACCACAUUUUUGGAGUCAAGGGCAUUUGGUGUCUGUGUGGAAAAAUCUUACGGCCUUCCAGUUUCAAUUGCCACCUACACUGCUAUGUUGUGGAGGAAGAGCCUGACUGGGAAGUUAUGUUGCCUGGCGAAGAACUACUGUAGCUGUCCAUGGUGUAGAUGCUUAUUGCAAUUCAGAUGGAAGAAUGACUAUUGCUGUUCGACACUGUAUAUAAAGAGAAUCUAAUCGAUGGCGAGACUCUCCUCUCCUUGAGUGAAAGGAUGAUAGACAAAUUACUCCCCCUCAUUAAAACUCAAGUUCAGUUUACUAAGUUACUUGAUAAAUUAAAAGGAAAAUCACAUACAGUCACUGUAAGCUCUCCACAGGAAAGACCACAUUUUGAAUUGAACUUAAAUAAUAGUGUAUAUAGUUUUCAACUUCCUGCUUUUCCGCCUCUCCUGAGGAAAAAACUCUCAGAGGAGAGUCCAGACUUCCAUACUCCAGCAUACAGAUCAAAAUGGAGGUCGCAAAUUAUACAAGUCCUCUUUGACUCAAUUUGUUUGUAUACAUGGUACCCAAGUAGUAAACAAUAUAAUGGCAUUUGUGGUGCUCUUGUGACAAAGUACCCUUUUUUACGUGAUCGAACAGGACAAGGUUAUGACAGUUGGUUGGGAAUGCUUAAAAACAAGUUUAAAAAAGAGCGAAUCCCACUGACCAAUCCCGACAUUGAAUACUACAGAGCAAAACAUGGGGGGAAAAAGUUUAAAACAAUACAGGCAAGUCAGGCUCUUACAAGCCAAGUGGCAGACCAGACGCCUGCUUUCCAGGAUGUGAUUGAAGACGUAGUACCAAAUGCAGUUUUUCAACAUGACAAGGAAAAUGAAGAUCCAUAUAGUGUUGGGAAGCAUAUUGCAAAAAUGAAGGAGGAGUGUAAGAAAGUCCAUCCAAACAUUACCAUCUUAAAAGAUAAAAUGAAAAGGACAGCACACGAAAGAAUGGAGCUUAUCCAGAGUCACUCUACCAGGGAGUCAUUACUGGAAUUCCCUGCAUUAAAUCAGAUUUUCUCAGAAAUUGAAGAGAGAUAUAAAGUUGACCUGGACAAGAUGCUGCUGCACGGCCUGGGGAGGGCAGCAGGGAAGAUUAUUGAGCAGGUGUCAAAAAAGAAGCAGGGAACUAACAUUCUUUCCGAAUACGAGAUGGCACUGGGUGAAGCUUGCGAGGAGACUCACAAAGGACUCAAAAUUUGUGCUGCAGCACUCAUGCUCCCGCACCUGUUCAACAAAACCCUGACAAGCUGUAUGUGAUUGAUAAGGUGCCCAGGGCUCCAACUCCUCUCCUGGUGGUGGAUGGCAACCCUUUUGGAGAUUGUAGCAUAACCCUAACAAUGGACGGCGUUUCUAUAGCACACCCUGAUGACAUCACAAUGGGUAUUGCAGCGUUACUGGGGACAUACUUCAUUUUCGGAGUGAAAUACGCUCAAAAUAUAAAAAAGACACUUGCAUUCCUCCAGAUAGCAUCAGGAAUUACAUCACAAGAAAAAAUAAAUCCAACGGUUAGAAUGGCCAAUGCCUUACUGUAAGAUUAUUGUAUUUAUC